AUGCCGCCUACUGCAAAGAAAACUGUGAAGAGGAAAUUAAAACCUAUUGUGGAAAAUGUUGAUGUACGGAGUGAAGAAUCUGAAGAGGAUUCUGAAGCUGAAGAUUUAUUAAAUGCUGAAUUUAAUGAUACGGUUGAUAGUUCUGAUGAAGAAGUUGAAGAAUCGGAGCCUGGGGAUUCUGAUGGUGAGGUAGAUCAACUUGUUUUUGAUUCUGAUGAAAGCGAUGAGCUUGAAUUUGAAAGUGAUGAGGAUGAUGAUGAAGAGGAAGAGGAUGAUGAUGAGGAAGAAGAAGAAGAAGAAGAAAUAAAAAAUAAAAAUAUUCUUACAAAAAAUAAAAGUAAUAAUUUAAAAAAACAAGAUGAAGUAAAAAUUAAAAAUAUUUUAACAAAAUCUAGCAUUGAAGAAAAUAAAUUAAAAAAACAAGAAGUAAAAAUUAAAAAUAUUUCACCAAAUUCAAGCAACGAAAAAAAUAACGAAGAAAUUUUAAAAAAUAAAAAUAAACAAGAAGAGACAUUAAAAAAUAAAAAUAAUAAAAAUAGUCAAGAAGAAAAAUUUAAAAAUAAAUCAGAAAAAGUAAUUAAAAAUAAAUUUCCAGAAACUGAAGAAUUAAAAUCACCCGAUCUAAUUAACAUAACAUCAGAACCUGAAUUGAAAGACGAGUAUGAAGAAUACGACAGCUCUGACGAAGAAGACAUCAGAAAUACAGUCGGGAACAUACCAAUGCAGUGGUACAAGGAGCACGACCACAUGGGCUACGACACAGAAGGAAAGAAACUGAUAAAACCUGACACAGGAGAUGAACUGGACAAUUUCUUGAAGAGAGCCGACGAUCCAGAUUUCUGGAAGACUGUAAAAGACCCACAGACUGGCCAGGAGGUUGUCUUGACCGACGAAGACGUUGAGAUUAUCAGAAAGAUAGCUCAAGGUCAAUACCCUGAUCCAAAUUACAACGACUGGACUCCGUGGGUCGACUGGUUUACUUCCAAAGUGGAGAAAAUGCCACUGAGAGGCUUCCCCGAGCACAAGCGGUCAUUCUUGCCGUCCAAGCUCGAGGCCAAGAAAGUUUCCAAGAUAGUCCACGCAUUGAAGAUGGGCUGGAUGAAGUCUUCGGCUGAGCUGGAGAAAGAGCGCAAGGAGAAGAGUAAAAUGCCGGCGUUUUACAUGCUCUGGGAGACUGAUGACCAGGCUGAAGAAAUGCGGAGGAUCCACAAGCACAUCCAGGCUCCUAAAAGACACCUUCCAGGCCAUGCUGAGAGUUACAAUCCUCCACCUGAGUACUUGUUCGAUAAAAAGGAGCUCAAAGAGUGGAACAAGUUCAAAGACACUCCCUGGAAGAGGAAGCUGCACUUCAUACCUCAGAAAUACAAUUCUCUUAGAACAGUUCCAGCUUACCCUGAUUUUAUCAAAGAAAGGUUCCAACGUUGUCUGGACCUUUACAUGUGUCCGAGAGGCUACAAGAUGAAGUUGAACAUCGACCCGGAGCAACUGGUUCCUCAGCUACCAAGCCCGCAAGACCUCCAGCCAUUCCCCACAACCCUGUCGAUGGUAUUCAAGGGUCACACUGACAUUGUAAGGUCAAUGACCGCGCAGAACAGGGGUCAGUACAUCGCCUCUGGUGGAGAUGACGGGAAUCUCAAAAUCUGGGAAGUCGCCACUGGACGCUGUGUUAAAACUGUUCCUUGUGGUGAUACGAUUCGCAGCGUGGCUUGGUGUCCCAAUGAAGCAAUCUCGCUGAUAGCCGUGGCUGCUGGUCAGAAGGUCUUGCUGAUCAACCCUGGAGUUGGAGAUCAUUUGGUUACCAGCAAGACUGACAAGCUGAUGGAAAUUAUUCCUCAGAGCGACGUUGUUGUUAAUGAAAGAGUCCAGUCUGCUGUUCAGUGGGAACAAGCUGCUGGUGAUAACUGGGACCAGGGAGUUAGGGUGAUUUUGAAUCACUUUAAAAUUGUUAAGCAGAUUGUUUGGCAUGCUAAAGGUGACUAUUUCGCCACUGUGAUGCCUGAUGGUCAAAACAGAUCGGUUUUGAUUCAUCAAAUGUCCAAAAGAAGAUCUCAAAUUCCUUUCAAGAGGUCCAAGGGACUUAUUCAAUGUGUCUUGUUCCAUCCUAUCAGGCCUUUCUUGUUUGUUGCUGUAAGUUUCUUUAUUUUAAUUUAA